CUUGCAGUGGAGCAGUAAACACAAAGCCCGCUCCUCUCCCUCAUAUGAGCGCGCUGCUGUCAUUAACGCACAGACACACCGCGGCAACGCACGCGCCAGACGCGCUCCAGCACACGGGUUCGGUUCGGACAUGAUCCCGGCGCGGACCCGGAGAUGAGGCUCAGAAAUGGCACCUUCCUAACAGUCGUACUAUUCGGGUUAUGUGGGCUUAUCUCCUUAUCGUGGUACACCGCAUUCAGCAAUUCCAAAGGCAAUGUGGUAGACAUUUACCAGCGAGAAUUUCUGGCUCUGAGAGAUCGUCUUCACUCCGCCGAGCAAGAGAACCUCAAACGCUCCAAAGAGCUCAACCUGGUGCUUGACGAGAUCAAGCAUGCCAUCGCUGAGAAACAGGCCUUACGGGACAUCAACCGCACCUGGAGCAGUCUGUCGGAUGAGACCAAGCUGAAGUUGUGGAACGUGACCAGCAGUAAGAAUGUUCUUCAGCUGCCAAGCAUCUUCCACCAUCUGCCACACCUGCUCGCCAAGGAGACCAGCCUGCAGCCGGCCGUGCACAUCGGCCAGGGCCGCACUGGAGUGUCGAUAGUGAUGGGCAUUCCCAGUGUAAAGAGAGAGGUCCAUUCUUACCUGACAGACACGCUGAGCUCUCUGAUGUCAGAGCUGAGUCCAGCCGAGAAGGAGGAUUGUGUCAUUGUCGUCUUCAUUGCAGAGACGGAUCAACAAUAUGCAAAUGGUGUUGCUGACAACCUUAAGCGCCUCUUUCCGGGUGAGAUUCAGUCCGGUCUCUUGGAGGUCAUCUCUCCCUCUGUCCAUUUCUAUCCAGACUUCUCUCACCUCAAAGAGUCAUUUGGUGACCCCAAAGAACGAGUCAGGUGGAGAACAAAGCAGAACUUGGAUUACUGCUUCUUGAUGAUGUACGCCCAGACCAAAGGGACAUAUUACGUACAGCUAGAGGAUGACAUUGUUGCACGGCCAAAUUACUUUACAACAAUGAAGAAUUUCGCCCUGCAGCAGCCGUCAGAGGAGUGGAUGAUUUUAGAGUUCUCCCAGCUGGGCUUCAUCGGUAAAAUGUUCAAGUCGUUGGACUUGCCUCUGAUUGUGGAGUUUAUGCUGAUGUUCUACAAAGACAAGCCCAUUGAUUGGCUGCUGGACCACAUCAUGUGGGUGAAGGUGUGCAACCCAGAAAAAGAUGCGAAACAUUGUGACCGUCAGAAGGCAAAUCUACGGAUCCGCUUUAAACCAUCUCUCUUCCAACAUGUUGGAACACAUUCUUCCCUUGCUGGAAAGAUCCAAAAACUCAAGGAUAAAGACUUCGGAAAGCAAACAUUGCAUAAAGGUCAUGCUAACCCUCUAGCUGAGGUCACUACAAGUCUCAAGACCUACCAGCACUUCACGCUGGAGAAGGCCUAUCUGGGAGAAGAUUUCUUCUGGGCCUUCACACCCAUGGCUGGAGACUUCAUACGCAUCCGAUUCUUUACACCUGUCCGUGUAGAGAGGUAUUUUUUCCGCAGUGGAAACAUCGAGCACCCCGGAGACAAGCUCUUCAACACUACAGUGGAGGUUCUACCAUUCGAUAAUAUUCAGUCAGAGAAAGAAGCAUUGAAGGAGGGAAGAGAGAAGACACCAAAGUACCAGCGAACAGAAGACGGCUUCAUCAGAAUAGGACGGUUUGAGAAUGGUAUAGCUGAGGGGGAGGUAGACGCUUCCUUUGGUCCAUUGGAGGCGCUGCGGCUGUCAGUUCUCACAGACUCUCCUGUGUGGGUGAUUCUCAGCGAGAUAUUUGUCAGGAAAGCAGAAUGACGGAUGUUGAACAAUACCUCAUGACUUUAUCGGGCGCUCUGGUGCAAGACGCCGUCUGCUCAGCAUCUCCACAGGAACGCUCGCCAUGAGUUUCUUUAGCUUGCUCCAAUAGCGCCCACUGCUGGUGACAAGCUGUUAUAGCAGGGUAGAGAAUACCAGCCACUGGCUUGUUCAGAGUGGUCACACGAAGACAGCUGAGACGUGCUGCAGUAGCUGACAGAUGACUGAUGAUUUUGUAAACUGUAUUUAUAUGUAUAUAUGCCCAUGAUUCAGUUUAUGUAAUUACACUGGUAUAUUAUCAAGGGCUUCCUGGAUGGUCAUGCCCGUGAUGAUAAAUACUUUAUGCCGUUCAACAGAUGCUGCUUUUGGAAUGGAAGACUCUUUCCUACUCGAGAUACAAUUUUCAAAGUUCAAAUUGUUUUGUUAAUUUGUUGACAAAUAAUUUUAUUUAGGCUUUUCCAAAUGUGUGUAUUUAUUGUAUUUAUUAAGAUACAUGAAUUAGUACACACGGGCAUGUGGCCAAAUAUGUGUUUGAUCAUUCACAGGCCUAUAGCGCGUGUUCCAAAGUCCAUCCAAAUAAUUAAAGAUGAUGACAGAGUCAAAUUUAUUGUAACUAGAGUAUGAUGCAAAAGUGUUUCUUCUAAAAACUGAAAUUGCUGGACUCUUCUUGUGAUAAUAAAAAAACAACAACA